AAUUCCAAAACAAUGGCAGCUUUCAGUGUGGGCGUGAUGCGCUCAAGAAAUAAUCCUCAAAAAUUGCCUCCCGUUCCAGAUUUUGAAAAUUUUAACAAAUCUGAAAAAGUUGAAAUUCGUGAAGAUGAAGAACAAGAAAAGAAAUUCCAUGAAAUAAUAGAGCUUCUGUUAGCUGCUGGUUAUUUUAGAGCAAGAAUUAAAGGAUUAUCACCAUUUGAUAAAGUUAUUGGUGGAAUGACUUGGUGCAUUGAAGUUUGCAAUUUCGACAUUGAUGUUGAUCUUCUUUUCCAAGAAAAUCUAACAAUAGGACAAAAAAUCUCACUGACUGAAAAGAUAGUAGCAGUUCUUCCCAGAAUGAAGUGUCCACAUCGAAUAGAACCUCACCAAAUUCAGGGAUUAGAUUUUAUCCAUAUUUUCCCUGUCAUUCAGUGGCUUGUUAAAAGAGCUAUUGAAACUAGGGAAGAAAUGGGUGAUUAUAUAAGAGCUUUUUCCAUUUCUCAGUUUCAAAAAAGUUAUGAAAUGCCUGAGGAUGUGAUUUUCAAAGAAACUAAAGAGAAAAUGUUAGAAUCCUACCAAGACAUAAAAGAUGUUUACAGACCGCAAAGACUUUUUCGUCAUCAUGCUGCUCACAAAUUGAAAGGUGAAGAAGUCAGAGUGCAAACAACAUUAUUGGAAUAUGGAAAGAAGCUUGGAAGUGCUAAAGUAGCUGAAAGUAAAGAUGAAGAUCAAACAGGUGAAAAUCAAAUCAUUCAAAAAGAAAAAGAGGAAGAGACCCGAAUCCAAAGCUUGAUGAAAGGCAUGUCUCUUACGAAUGAAAAUGAGAGUAAACUUACAGCAAGUCAAGUGAGCUCAAUUGUAGGUUUACAAUCUGGUGAAAUACAGCAAGUAGCUUCUGAAUUUGCAGGAAAACAAGCUGCACUUGCAAAUGAAGAACAAGCUGUAAGAGGUCUUGGUGGCAUCCAGUUCCACAAACGAACUGUUGCUUCUCUUGCUCGACAAAUUAAGGAAAAAGAAAAUAAAGUGACUGAGUUGGAAGCUAUAAAUUCAAAAUUCAAAAGUAGUUACCAAGAAUCCCAGGCCAAGUUACGCAAAUUACGAAGUAUGUUUAAGGAAGUCAUGAAAGAAAUGGAAGCAUUAGAAGAAGUUGAAAAUGAUGAUAAUAAAAGCAUUUUAGAGUCAUUACGGUCUCUUGUUGCAACUAAUGAAACACUCAAAAAACAAGAGCAAGAUUUUCGUGCACAUUGUAAAGAGGAGUUAGCAAGGUUAAAAGCACAACUUCAAGAACUCAAAGCUUCAUCUAAUGAUAGUUCUUCUGAAGAUACUGAGCAUCGAGAGAUGGUUGAGAAACAAUAUAAUGCUGAUAAAGAAAAGCUACAGAAGAUUCGAAUGUUACUGGCAAGGAAAAAUCGAGAGAUUGCUGCUCUUCAAAGAAAGUUUGAUGAAGUACCAUCUCGAGCUGAACUAAGUCAAUAUCAGAAACGUUUUGUAGAACUUUAUAAUCAAGUGGCUGCCAAACACAAAGAAACUAAGCAAUUUUAUACCUUGUAUAAUACUCUAGAAGAUACUAGAAUAUAUAUAAUGAGAGAGAUUGAUUUGUUGAAUUCCAUACAAGAUAAUUUCACUGAGGCCAUGUCGUCAUCUGCAUCAAAAGGAGAAUUUUUGACCCAGUUAGAACAAACUGUCGAAAAAAUUUUGCAGAAUAAAUCAAAGGUGGAGAAUAAAAGACUUGACGAAAAGAGACAUCGUGACUUACUAAAUGAUCAGUUGCUAGAAUUAAUAGAAAAGCAAAGGCUAUAUUUUAAAACUGUUAAAGAUUUCAAAGAAGAAUGUCGGAAAAAUGAAGCCCUAGUUUCCAAAUUAAAAGAAAAGAAUAAAGGAAAUCACUGAAAUUUGCUCUCCAUAGAUGCUUAAUAUAAAAUGCAAAAUUGAAAUGUAGAUGAUUAUUUUCAGUAUUUUUUAUACAUUUUCCAUCUUUAGUUGCCAAUUGUACAAACUUUUAUAAUUUCAUAAUUUUGUGUUCAUAAAUUAGAGGUAUAUUUACGAUGUAAAUUUUAUAUAAAUUAUUAAACAUUAUAUUUUC